AUGACUGCUCUAAUGGUACGUGGUUUUGUCCAAAUAUGGAACAAGAAGACUGGGAUGUCUAAGUCAAAAGAAGCCUUCAUUGAAACAGUGGAAGGAAAGAAGAAAGUUAAAUUGGUAGUCUAUUUCAUUGGAGAAUGUAAAACCUUUCAGCUAAGUAAUAAUAUUAAAAAUAUGAUCUUUAGAUCCUAUGGAAAAAAACAAAAUCACUUGCAUUUAACUUUCCAAAAUAAUAGCUUCUUGUUUAUUGAAAAAUUAUCCUCCAGAGAUGCUGAAAAUUUGAAGAUGUUCUUGGAAAGAAUCCAUCAGAAUAAUCUUCAAACACCCAUAAGACCUGACAAUGACAAGAGUGUCUUUGCCAGCACCACAAUACAGAAGUCAGUCAACAAAACUUCAUUCAACAAAAUGUAUAAGAAGUCAAGUAGUCGAUCUCUUGAGAAAGGAAAAAGAAAUGGAACACCUGAUCUUAAGGAGAUGCCUCUGUUUACAUCAACGUCAUCAACAUUUAUCUAUAAGGAGUUACUAAAAAAUGGAUAUGGGAAGAGGAAAAGGGUGCUAUCAACUGAUUCAGAGAUGAUUAAGAAUUUCCUGAAAGAGAUUAUCUCUCUAAGAAAGAAGAUAUCCAAGACAAAUCCCUUGAGGUAUGUAAGCCGCAGUGAGAAGAAAGAAUUGAGGUUAAAAGUGUUAAAACAGAAUAAGAAAUUCAAAGUUGGAUCUUCAUUCAAGAUCCGUUCUACUGGAAAUCCUUACCUAGAUGGCGCUAAUCUUCUCCAGAGACUGUCUGAGAAAUUAUAUUUGGCAUUUCUGUCAGAACCAAACUUUGGUGAGGAUGACCCAGAGUGGGAUAAAUUCAAGAUGACCUUUCACUUGUACCCAGAGAAACUAUGGCAGGGUCUCCCCAAUUUGGGAAAUACCUGUUAUAUGAAUGCAGUUUUGCAGUCCAUAUUUUCAAUUCCAUCAUUUGCUGAUGAUUUUCUCAGCCAGGGUUUCCCAUGGGGUAAAAUUCCCCUUGAUGCACUUAGCAUGUACUUGGUACAGCUCUUUGUCUUGAAAGAUAUUUAUAACAUAAAAGUCAAGGAGAAGUUACUUGUGAGUAUUAAAAAAGCCAUUUCAGCAGUUGCAGAAAUAUUCUCUGACAACACACAGAAUGAUGCUCAUGAGUUUUUAGGUCACUGUUUAGAUCAGAUGAAAGAAAACAUGCGAAAAUUCAACAUAAUUUGGAAGACUAAAAUUGAAUCUAAGCAAAGAAAUUCACCUCAACAGGUUUCUGCUGGCAGUGCUGCCACCAAAGUGGUCAUUUGUCCUAUCACCACUAAUUUUGAGUUUGAGUUGCUGCGCUCUAUUAUUUGUAAAGCCUGUGGGCAGGUUGUUCUCAAGACAGAAGUGAGUAAUUAUCUUUCCAUCAGCCUUCCCCAAGGAGUGAAAACACCUCCCUCGUCUAUUCAGUCUAGUUUUGAUCUUUUCUUUGAAGCAGAAGAGCUUGAGUAUGAAUGUGAGAAGUGUAUGCACAGGGAUUCUGUUGCGGUGCACAAAUUCAGUAGGCUACCGAGGGUCCUUAUUGUUCAUCUGAAACGCUAUAGCUUUAAUGAGUUUUGGUCCUUCAGGAAAGAUGAUCAAGAAGUCGUUAUUUCCAAAUAUUUAAAGCUAUCUUCCCACUGCGAUGAAAGUACCAAACCACCAUGUCCCUUAAGCAACAAUGCACAUAUUAGGGAUUUCCAACUCUUAAAAAUCUUUCAGGAGAUGAAUUCCAAAACCAUCAGCUCAUCAACACGGUCAAAAAAGCUGACCUCAAAAUCCAAGGAUUCCUUGCCUCCACACAUUGGAUCAUACAAAGAGUGUAAACCUCAAAAAUGCCACAUUCGUCAUAAAGGUUCGAGUGGAGAAUGCCUGGGAAAAUAUUCUGACCUAAAUAUAAUAGAGUCCGCAUUGAUAAACUCAGGAGAUGUAGCAAUCAUUGCAAAAGAGCUGUUAGCAGACUUAUUGAUGGAUCUGGAAGACAACUCCCAUUCUCUGAAAGGUGAACCCACCAGCAGCCCAGACACAUCUCAAGAAGUGCAUAGAAAUCCAAAACGAAAGAAAUACAAGAGAAACAAUAUGUUUGUAGAUUUUGAGGGUAUCAUCAAGACUACUGAAGAUUUUUGUAAAGAUAAAAAACCCAGAAGUCUUUCAGAAAGAUUUCACAAAGUGGCUGAACAGACCUACCAGUAUGAAAAGAUGAGAGUCUAUGAACAAGCCCUUUGGAUGGCACUGCUUCGAAGCCUUCCAAAGCCACUUGCCCAGAGGUACACAGAGAACCUCAGAAGAACUACAGAAUUAAGUUUCCAGGAGACCAAUGUGAAUUCCCCACGUGCAUUGGGUUCCAGAAAAACCCGUCGAAACAAAGAUUGUUUAGAUACGAAGAAGACGGGACCUGAAGCCAAGAAACCGAAAAGAAACGCCAAGAUGGGAGAUCGUAAUGCCUAUCGGCUCAUUGGUGUUGUCAGCCAUCUUGGGAAGACCCCAGAUGGAGGCCAUUAUAUCAGUGAUACCUAUGACUUUGAGAGGCAAGUCUGGUUCACUUACAAUGAUCUUCAGGUGUCAAAUAUCCAAGAGGAAGCAAUGCAGGAGGCUAGGCUUCGCACCGGGUACAUGUUCUUUUACAUGCACAACGAGAUAUUUGAAGAGCUGUUGGGAAGGGAGGAUAACUCUCAGCCUCAAAGCAAAGAGGCAAGGGAGACUCCUCAGGAGUAA